GCGUGUCAGUGUGUUGAUCUUAGACGAAAGCUUUGAAUUUGAAAAUCUAAGUGCAAUUAAAAGACUAAUUUACGUUAUGGAGUUGAAUAUUGUCGCCUCUUCAAUUAAUGAACGCGCGAUUAGCGAAAUGAAUGGCUGGAGAUGGUCACAACAGAUUGAAGUGGAGGAUUUUCAUAGAAUGACGACCUUUACUCUUGAUCCUCGAAAACAAAAUGUUGUAAUUAUGGAUCUUGCCACUUGGCAUAAACUUCCAAUAAAUUGUAGACCGCUACCAAAUCGAAUCACUUUUGUGGUGUCUCAUACAGAUGAUGACAUACUAAACGCUGGAGCACGUGUAUUCAGGUCUCUGAAUUCCUGUUUCGCAACAUUGAAAAAAAGAAAUUUUCAAUAUAAAUAUGAAAAAGUUUGGGUAAUAGGAGGCCAGAAACUAUUCAAGGAUGCUGUAGAAUGUGAAUACUUUCAGCGUGUAUUUUUCACCAGGAUUUAGUAAAAGGAUCAAUUGAAAAUGCUUCCGAACUGAUAUGACCACUAGCAAUCUCAAGAGUACAAUCCCUAUUCAUGCAAAGUUUAUGAAAGGAAGCGUUAAUUGUUAAUAAAUGUUUUUGUGUUCUGGGUUUUGAUAUGAAUGUUCUAAAUAAGUUUAUGACAGUUUUGUAUUUAUUUUUGGAAUAAAAUUGUGAUAAAAAAGA